GGCGUAGUACCUCAACCACCACCAUUUUAGGGUUUCUUCGUGCCAUUGAUAUUUUGAGAGGCGAAGGAAACAAUACGAUUCAGAGAGAGACGAGUGAAAAUGGCUGCAAAAGAAGGUAGUAGGAUUUUUGUCGGUGGUUUAUCGCCGGAAGUGACAGAUAGAGACCUUGAAAGAGCUUUUAGCCGCUUCGGAGACAUUCUCGAUUGUCAGGUACCAAUUUGAAAUUUUUGUUCUAUGUUUUGUUCUUCUCUGUGUAGGUUGGUACUAUUUUUAUUCCUUGAGUUUAUCAUAGCUUGUGCCUGCACUAGUCCUAUGAAAUUUAGAGAUUGUUAUCUAAAGCUUUGUGAUAAGAAUUGAACAUGUCUAUGAAUAUUUUUGGAAUGUUUUAAGUUGAAAGUGGUAUAUUUGCUUGAGCUGAUCGUGAAAACAUAUACUUGAAAAAAUGAGAUUACACUAAUAAUACAGAAAUACAGAGACGUUUGAGGAUUAGUUGAAAAGUCUUGCUUUGCAUUAUUCCUCUUUUCACUUAUUGAUCUUCCCUUUUUUCUUUUUUUUCCUGGAUGCUGGUAAUGUAUCACUGAAACACUAUAGAUUGAUGAAUUAGGGAUGAUAUUGAUCAGAGCUACAUGGUUCAAGUUGAGAAACUACUCUGUGAUAAAGAAUUAAACUGCCUGAGAUUUUAGGAUAUACAGUAGUGUUUGAGUUUCUGAGCAAAUUGAUUUCCACACUUUUGGAAUGUGUUUCACAAGGUUGGGACUGUCGUAACUGGUUACUUCAGUUUCUUCUAUCAUCAAGGAAAUUCUUUAUUUUGCUCUGGAGGGAUGACUGUUUUUUCGUAACUCAUGAUUGAGAUGUGUAAUUCUUGAGUUCUCUAAGUAUGCCGUGACUGGGUUUUGGUUUACUUCCUGAUAAUGUUCCUUGUUACUGCUCUUACUAGUAAUUAAAUGUUUGUUUGCUGGCCUGGGAUACCUGAUUUGGUUUUGAGUGGUCAAUUCGAGAUGCUACCCAGUUUAGGCCAGAGUCUCAGUUCUUCUUCAGGUGGUGAAGAUAUUUAGGAACUCCUUGCAGUAGUUACGUUGUGUAGUCAUAUUUCUGGAUAAUCCCAGUCUACAUUCAGUUGUCUUGCCGCAAGAUUUCGUUUUCUCCUCAUACCCUGAGCAUCAGUGCAAGCAGUUUGGAUUCUUCAGCGUAGUAUGAACCUGCAGAACGGAAAAUUACACUCAGUUGAAGCAGAGAUCUCAAGGUUUCGGUGAUCCUUUUCUUAUCCAGAUUUCCUACUUGUCUUUCUUGUGGGCUGUUUGCUUUACCUCAUCUCGCUUCUCCUGCCAUGUGUGGCUAGUAGGAGUUACAUGGAUUUGAUCUUUUCCUUUCUCUGUUCUUCUUUUUCAGUCUUACAAAUUUCCUAAUUUUCUAAUGCAAGCCAAUUAAAAUGAUUCUUGUGCCUGGGCCACACAUUUUCUAUAUCCACCAACCCCAGUUCUCUGUGCUUAUCUUUUCCGGAAGUUUCUGAAACCUGAUAAAGCUCUUUGUGUGAGAGGAAUUCUGUAUUUCUGAUCUGUGGGUUGUGGUGCUAUGUAAAGAAUCGUCAGCUCCAGUGAAUCUGAAUGACUUCAGCUGGAUCAAUGUCAGAUGAUAUCUGCAUAUUGAGUAGAAACAGAUGUUUGAUCAGUAAUUUUGAGUACAGCUAAUUAACUGACUUCCUUCUCUGUAAACCUUCCUCUCUUUAGUUUUGCAACUACAUCACAUGGCUGUUGAGAAUAGGGAUGAACUAGUAUACUAUCUAAGGGCUUAAAUUGAGGAAUUUUUCAUUUUGAACUGAGAAAAAGUUGUUAGUGCUUUCUGCUACCUCUGCUUGAGAUUGGAGACUUACUUUAAAGUUGAUUCAGUUUCUGGGGAUCUGUACUGUGUUUUGCUCUGAAGUUGAGGUUGAUUGACUAUUUACUACACAAAGCAGGGUCACAGUGUUAUGCAGUGAACCUUAAAACGGUUGGGUGUUUCUUGAUGUCACAUGGGCUUGAUAUGAUCUUUCAGAUUUUGCAAUCGUUUCAUUUUACUACUGCCCUUCUGCUCACUUUUAGCUACACGUAUGCAUAUAUCUUUGGGAAAUCAGCUUUUAUGGUGUAUUGUGUAUAGAUCAUGCUGGAAAGAGAUACUGGUCGUUCACGUGGAUUCGGGUUUAUCACUUUUGCUGAUCGCCGCGCUAUGGAUGAGUCCAUCAGAGAGAUGCAUGGAAGGGACUUUGGUGAUCGGGUCAUCUCAGUGAACAGAGCUGAACCAAAACUGGGGCGAGAUGAUGGAGAAAGUCAUGGCUCUAGAGGUGGCAGAGACAGUGGCUACUCGAUUGCUGGAAAAGGAAGCUUUGGUGGAGGUGGAGGUGGAGGUGGGCGUGUUGGUGAAGAUGAAUGCUUCAAGUGUGGACGGGUUGGGCACUGGGCCCGUGAUUGUCCUUCUGCUGGUGGUGGUCGUGGAGGACCUGUUGGUGGUUUUUCUUCACGUGCUAGUGCGUAUGGAGGAUCUGAUGGACGUGUUGACCGCUAUGCUGACCGUGACCGCUAUGUGGACCGCGAACGAUACAUAGAUGAUCGAUACGACGGUGCUGCACGCUAUGGUGCUAGAGACAGGUUUGACAGCAGAGAAGCCUACAUACCCCGUGAUCGAUACGCCAGUGACAGGUAUGCAGCCCCGGCUGAUCGGUUUGCAGGUGGUGAUAGAUACAGCCGUGGAUCAGACCGUUAUCCUCCAGGGAGCUAUGACAAAGCUCGGUCCUUUGAGAGAGACAUAGCCCCGAGUGCAGGCAGUGACAGGUACGGUGGUGGUAGAGCUGGUGGUCCCAUCCGUGGAGGAGGAGAGGAGGGAAGAGGGUUUAGAAGCAGAGCCGGUGCUCCUUAUGAGAGACCGAGCAGAAGUGGUGGUGGUGGAGCUUAUCCGUCGUCGUCCACUUUUGACCGUUAUUAAGACACAUUAAUGAAAGAAAGUGAGAAUGAUGCUUGGUUAGAGCUCUAUACACUCAGUCGUGUGUGUUGCUUGUGGUAAUGAAUAUCUCUGUAAGCGUUAUAGGUGUAAAAGACUUGUCUUUUUUAUUUAUAUAUGAUUAGUUUGCGGACCUGUUUAGCUUUGUAUUUUGAUCCUUUAUUAUUUUUGGUUUGUUUUGGACCAUAACAUGACUUUUGAGCUUCGUCAGUCAAUGUUAAACCUUGCACACAUAACUAGCCUUUUUAGUUUCAUCAUCAAUGUACAAGAGACGAGUGUCUUAGGCAUCCGCA